AUGUCAACACCAUCCGGCUGGUCAGUUCUUGAUCACCCCAACAUGGUAAUAUUCAUACGACCCAACUUCACAAAGCUCACCACAAACAACGGUCCAGUCCCAUGCAGAGCUUGUAACACAUCCAUUACAUGCCAAGGACUUGUCUGCGAAUGCACUGAUCUCGAAUACUACUGUUCUGAAUUCUGCCGAAGCCAGCACUUGGGUUUCUGCAUCUCCCAUAUUUCAAAACAUGUCGCUCGUCCUACACCUCAACACAAACUCGCACUUUAUUUUCCACCCAACAGGGAGAAUCCUCAAGUCUUUUGGUGUCCCUGUCCUGCUAUCAUUCAGAACCCAUGUGUUCCCUACUGCGACACCUGUAUUGUCUGCGAAAUCUGUCACGAAUGUCAUGGUUAUGACGUUCCGCUCCCUGCCCCCAUUAUAGCACAGGGAGCAAACACUACAGCCAAUCUACAAGACGAUCUUGUGAGCUGGAUGAUCACUCCAGGAAAAGAAGAUUCUGCAGGCUGGACACCGGGUACCGUCAUGGGAUUGGAAAAUGGAGAUAUUCUCGAUCAAUGCGGAGAGAAUUUAUGUAUUCAGAAACUCAUAGGAUGGACACGAGGUUGGAUCGGACCGUUUGUGCUGGUUGGGGAUUCGUGCGCUGACUGUAAUGGGAAGACGAUGACUAGAGAUAUCAAUAUGGAUGAUAUGGAAACCGCGGAGAAGUUUUUCCUGUCAACGUCUCCUAAAGAUUUGGUUGCUGCGGAAGUAGCGGUUGCAGAACGCAAGGAGAGAGGUGUUUUUGAGAUGAAUGAUAUUUUAAGUCGUGUAUUGAAUAGGAAAUAA